AUGGCGACCGGCGUGCUAUGGAAUGUCUGUGACGAGGUCAUUAACUUUGCCAACCUGGGCGUGGUGGGCCAUCUUGUUCACAGGGCAGAGCAUUUCAGGGACACGCUCAAGGACGUCAUGGAGGAACUCAAGGAAUGGUCCGAAGAGCAGGAUGAAGAGGACGACGACGACGAUUCCGACGAUGCGGACGAAGGUCAAGACCAAGACGUCCAGGAUCUUGCCGACGGCGUGAACAACACCCAUAUCAGCACCCAGGCUAUGAUCGACGACCUCAUGAACUCCAACACCGUCAUCCCACGCGACGAUCCUGACAAGAUCAGAGACCGGCUAGACUCAACCUUGCGUAGGCUGCGGCUUACUGUCCUGCUCUUCCAGGCCCUCAUCAAGCGAAGGCUCAAGACACUGCCAAAACUGCCCCUGGCGCCUCAGGAUGACUCGGUGGUCGUCUCCCGGCUGGAUGAAGUACUCCCUCUUCUUAGGAAGAUGGCAGACCGUUUCAACAGUCUUGCCGUCGCAUUUUACGAUCUCGACUCAACAGAAAUCACACGGCUCAUGGACCAGUGUUUCUUCGAUGCCUUUGCGGUCUCGGAGCUUUUAGCCAAGCCAUGGGCUGGCCAAAAGGACGAGUUUACGGACUGGGUUACCAAGUUCCAGGUCGAGAUCAAAAAGAGUUGA